UUCCUGUCAGGUUGUAAUCUAUGUUAUGUAUUGUAUUUGUAGGAAUUGUAACGCUGCUAUGUAGACAGACCUCAAUGCACUUUUGUAUAAAAACUGUAAGAUAAGUGCUAUAGGCUUUAUAACAGAGUGGAUAUACCCAUAUCCUAUAUCUUAUGGUUUUGCUAGACUGUUGAAAUUUGCAAAAAAAUAUGAAUUACAUGCCAGGAACUGCAAGUUUAAUUGAAGAAAUUGAUAAAAAGCAACUUGUAAUGCUACGAGAUGGGCGAAUUUUAAUCGGUUACUUGAGAUCUGUUGACCAGUUUGCAAAUCUAGUUUUGCACAAGACUGUCGAGCGUGUGCAUGUGGGAUCAAUGUACGGUGAUAUUCCACGCGGUAUAUUUGUAAUCAGAGGUGAAAAUGUGGUCCUGCUUGGCGAGGUCGACAUAGAGCAUGAGGAGAGAAAGGACCUUGAAAAAGUUUCUAUAGAAAAAAUACUUGAAGCAAAGAGCAAACUGCAAGAAGAGAAGCAGGAAAAGGAGAAAACCAAGUUCAAAGCAAUGAAAGAGCGUGGUUUAAUGCCAACUGUUGAGCAGUCUGAUGAUAUGUAUUAAACAUAUUAUUUUAUAAGCUUUUUUCACUUUCUUUUUUUUUAUUUUGGUAGGGAAUGUGGGAAUUGGUACUGAUAAAACUACUUGCAUACUAUAGCAAAUAAGUUGGCUAUCUAAACUUAUUGGAAUAGUUAUGUUUCAUUUUUUACGCAUUUCCAUAUUAACACAAUCAUGAAAGUUUCCAAUUUUUUAUUUAUUUUUAUCGUGCUCUUUUUAAUUUCUUUGCUCCUUUAAAGUAAAUGUCUGAAGGAUUCUGCA